AUGUACAUCAUUUUUAAUAAUUCAAGACAAUUCACUUGUUCCUCCAUCACCUUCAACUUAGCCAUUCCACCACUCGCCGUGGUUACUUACCCACCAAUGCAGGAAAGGAAGUCAACUUCGGUUCUCAAUAGUCACCAUCUGAAAAGUCUCAAACAAAGAGAAUAUUAUAAAAAUUUAGUGGAUACAGUAAUUGAACUGAUAAACAUAAAUGAUCACGAUUCUCUGGCUUAUCUCGCUAGGACCGUAGGGAUACCUCCACAAUUGAGACACCUCGUUUGGCCUCUGCUGCUAAAAUAUCAUCCUAUGUGUAUUUCACCAAAUAUUAUCUCAAAUAUCGUCUCUUUUGAUAGUUCAUCUAAUAAUUAUAUCAUUAUCGAUAAUCAGAAUAUUUCUGAAAAGACAAAGAAAAACGUUAAUCUAAAUAAUAUUCAUCAACAAAAUAAUAAUGACGAAAAUAUUAAUUUGGAAAAAUUAAUAAGUAACGAUCUAAAGAAAUAUUUCCAUUCAAGAACCCAACACAGUAAUGUCAUUGUGAAGGAUAAAAAAAUCGUUUCCUCUUCAACUCCAUUUUCUUCCGCCACAAACUCUUCUCCGAUGAUAUCUUCAUCAUCUUCGUCCUCGUCUAUAUAUUCUUCUUCCUCAUCGUCAUCUUCUUCUUCCUCCACGAGUAUUUCCGCAGCUUCAAAAGAUUAUGGUAGUACCAAUAUUAUAAAUAACCUUAUACCACCAAAUAACCCUACCGUGGCAGAUGAAUUGGAAAUUGUUGAACUGUUAAAGAGUUCAAUACUGAAUUUUUUGAAAAAAUGGGGUAAAAUCUUUAAAUAUGAAUCAGGUUUGACUUGGAUCGCUUUAGGUUUAGCUGAGUGGUUAUCACCUCUACAAACUUUCAAUAAUGAUUCGCUAGGACCUAUCGUCCUAAGCGGUAAAAGGCACAGUCCCCCCAAAAAUAACUCUGCAAAGACUUCUCACGAUGAUAAUGACACUGCGACCGCUUUAAACGCUUCGAUCACAACAGCUAAUACUUCAGAUGAUAGUAGUAAGUUCAACGCUUCAAAUUCUUUGUCAUAUUUAUACAAAGAGUAUCCUCUGCCAAAAGAAAUACAGUCUAAAUUGGAUAUUAAGAAUCUGAAAUUUUUUAAAUUCGAAGAAUUGCUAGAAAGAUUAUAUUUAGUACUUUUACAUCAACCAGAUAUUGAAUUGGCACAAUCACAAAUAAUUAAAAAUUUCCCGACAGUAACUAGGAAAAAUUUCAAUAAUUAUUAUUUCCCAAUCUUAUCAGGUGGUGAUCUUUCAUUUAAAUUCCAAGUUUUUUUCAAAAUUUUUCAAUCAACUUUACCUGAACUGUAUCAGCCAUUAAAUGAAGAAAGUUCAUUACAACCACAUUCACCAAAGACUUCUUGGCUUUAUUGGUGGAUCAAAUGUUGUGGUUCAAGAUCACUCCAUAAACAAGAUAGAGGAAGAAUAUGGGAUAUUCUUCUGGGUUGGCGACCCGAAUCAACAGAUGGUAUGAAUUCCAUCAAUUUCUUCCUAAACUAUAACGCAAAUUACAAAAAUUUUAAUCAUCUUUACAAUAAUAUCGAUCCGCCUGGUUUAGCACUAUUGGUAAAAAACGGUCUACUUCAUAAACUGAAUGACAAUGAUCCGUUUUGGUUUCCUGAUUUGGAUUCAGUACCGUUAGGUUCCAAAGAAUUUUCUAGCGAUUUUAACGUAUUGAAAGAAUUGCUUGCAAGAAAUAAAUAUGAUACUAAAAUGGAUACUAAUGGAAACUCUCAUUAUAAUUUAACAUCAAAAGAUGAGUUUAAAUUGCCAUCUUCUUUGAUAGAUCCUCACAUUCAGAUUAUUUUCAUUUACAUUUCAAUACUACAAUACAGUGAAUUUAAACUUUUAGAAUUUGAAGAAGCCGAAAUUUUAGAAUUCCUAAACAAUUUACCAAUGUUAUCCAAAUUUGAUGAUCUUAACUACAAAGGUCUAUACAAUAGUGACAAAAAUUCCAAAUCUAGGUCCAAUUCGACAUCGCAUAUGUUGAUCGAGUUGGGUAAUGAUGCAAAGGCAUCCAACUCAUUCAAUAAUUUGCUAAAUAUUGCGGGUGAUAUAUGGAGAAAAUGGCUUUGGGAAGAAUUAGAGGAAACUCUGAAUACUGAAGCUGAUUAG